CAACACUUUGAGGCAGCAGCAGCAGCAGCGGCAACUGGGAAGCGGGAGCGGGAGCGGGAGCAACCUCCGUGGGAAGGUGGUGUGCUGCUAUAAAGCAGCACCAUUGCUGCCAUUAAAAUAGACGCCGCGGCGCAACAGCAACGCUGCCGUCGUCACAAUCAACGCCAGCGACAACACCAUCCGCAUCAUCGCCAUCGCAGACGACGACGGCGCAGCAGCAACACCACCACCAGCAGCAGCAACAGCAACUGCAACAGCAACACCAGCAGCAGCAACUGCAACAGCAUCAACAGCAACAACAGCAACUUCUGCAGCGGGUUGUUGGGCGCAGUGGGUGUGGCUGCCAUCAGCUGCCCAUUGCUCGACACUCAGCAACUAAUCGACGAGCCGGGCAGCAGCAACAACACUGGCGACGACGACGGCGGCGCAGCAGCAACAACAGCAAGGGCAGCAGCAAUAACGCAGCAGCAAUACUGCAACCAGCAACAUCAGCAACGUGGUCGACGGCGACGCUACGACGGCCUGUCAUCUGUAGGCAAUGCAACGCGCUGUGCAGCAACGGGUUGGACCUGGCCUAAGAUGGGUAGCGUGCUAUUCGCAGCUGUAUUCAUAGCAUUACACUUUGCCACCGGCGGCCUGGCCAACCCAGAUGCUAAGCGACUCUACGACGACCUGCUGAGCAACUACAACCGGCUCAUCCGACCCGUGGGCAACAACUCGGACCGCCUCACCGUCAAGAUGGGUCUGCGGCUCUCCCAGCUGAUCGAUGUGAAUCUGAAGAAUCAGAUUAUGACAACCAAUGUCUGGGUGGAGCAGGAAUGGAAUGACUAUAAAUUGAAAUGGAAUCCGGAUGACUAUGGCGGCGUGGACACGUUGCACGUACCCUCCGAGCAUAUAUGGCUUCCGGAUAUUGUGCUCUAUAACAACGCCGAUGGCAACUAUGAAGUGACAAUAAUGACAAAAGCAAUUCUUCAUCACACGGGCAAAGUGGUGUGGAAACCGCCCGCCAUUUACAAAUCCUUUUGCGAAAUUGAUGUCGAAUACUUUCCCUUCGAUGAGCAGACAUGUUUCAUGAAGUUCGGAUCCUGGACCUACGACGGUUACAUGGUUGACUUAAGACACUUAAAGCAGACCGCAGAUUCUGACAAUAUAGAAGUGGGCAUCGAUCUGCAGGACUACUAUAUCUCCGUGGAAUGGGAUAUCAUGAGGGUUCCGGCAGUGAGAAACGAGAAGUUUUACAGCUGUUGUGAAGAACCCUAUCUUGAUAUCGUAUUCAAUCUGACACUUCGGAGGAAAACACUUUUCUACACGGUGAAUCUGAUCAUUCCCUGUGUGGGCAUCUCGUUCCUGUCGGUGCUAGUCUUCUAUCUGCCCAGCGAUUCUGGGGAGAAGAUCUCACUCUGUAUCAGCAUUCUGCUCUCGCUCACUGUGUUCUUCCUCCUGCUGGCCGAGAUCAUUCCGCCCACCUCGCUGACGGUUCCGCUGCUCGGAAAGUAUCUGCUCUUCACCAUGAUGCUCGUCACGCUCUCCGUCGUGGUCACCAUCGCCGUGCUCAAUGUGAAUUUCAGAUCUCCUGUCACGCAUCGCAUGGCGCCGUGGGUGCAGCGCCUCUUCAUCCAGAUCCUGCCGAAGCUGCUCUGCAUCGAGCGGCCCAAGAAGGAGGAGCCCGAGGAGGAUCAGCCACCAGAGGUGCUCACCGAUGUCUAUCACCUGCCGCCGGAUGUGGACAAAUUUGUCAACUACGAUUCGAAGCGAUUCAGCGGCGACUACGGCAUUCCAGCACUACCUGCCUCGCACCGCUUCGAUUUGGCCGCGGCGGGCGGCAUCAGCGCCCAUUGUUUCGCGGAACCCCCGCUGCCCUCCUCACUGCCACUGCCGGGCGCCGAUGACGAUCUGUUCAGUCCGUCGGGCCUCAACGGCGACAUCAGUCCCGGCUGCUGUCCCGCCGCUGCCGCUGCCGCCGCGGCCGCCGCCGAUCUCAGUCCGACGUUCGAGAAGCCCUACGCCCGCGAAAUGGAGAAGACCAUCGAGGGAUCCCGCUUCAUAGCGCAGCAUGUGAAGAACAAGGACAAGUUCGAGAGUGUCGAGGAGGACUGGAAGUACGUUGCCAUGGUGCUGGAUCGCAUGUUUCUGUGGAUCUUCGCGAUCGCUUGCGUUGUUGGCACCGCGCUAAUUAUCCUGCAGGCGCCCAGUCUUUACGACCAGUCGCAGCCGAUCGACAUACUCUACUCGAAGAUCGCCAAGAAGAAGUUCGAGCUGCUCAAGAUGGGCAGCGAGAACACCUUAUAGCGACCACUUGGG